CGACGGACAGGGACGCUCACAAUAAUUUGUCAAGUCUUUGGUGGUCGUGGUUAUAUAGAUAAAUCGAUUCAUUAUGAAGUUUAAAUUCAUGCAACAUGAUACCAUCUUUGAAGAGUAUUUCUGAUGACGAGAGCAUCGUCAUUAAUACCCGAAAACGAUUAAUGUCGAAACGAAAUGACGACUCGUGUAUUCUUUUGCAUUCUAAUUCUUUACACGUUUACUUUCCCCCAAGUAACUUAUUCUCAAAGCACGCCGAAUUUCACCACCCAGACUUCUCUGAGCACCGAUUUGAGCGAAAACCCGUUUAAUGUCACGGAUAACCCACCUGCAACCACUAACCAGUCACCGUUAGCAGCAACAACUAGUCAUUUUUGGGGGGACUCAAUUUCGCCGGUUUCACGUGCACGCGCUGAUGCAAACGCCACAUUCACAGAUGCUAAUGCGGCUCAGAACACCGAUUCCAUCACAAAGCAGACCACUAAUCCAACAGUGACUCAAUUUAUCAAGAAAACAACACAGAAUUUUACUGAUCAGAGUACCCAGAGUACAGAUCCGAUCACAUACCCUUUAACUGACAUCCCACCUAUAACUACUAACCAGUCAUCAUUAACAGCAGCGGUGACCAGUGAAUCAAAUUCAUGGAAACAAUUCAACUCAUCAGUUACAUCUGCAACUGCAAAUCCCAACGCCACAUUCACUGAUGUCAUUACUGCCGAAUCCAUAACAAACCCAUCCGAUUGCCCAUGUGAUGUCACACCUGAUUUUUGCGAUAUCGGGUGCUGUUGUGAUCUUAUGGACUGUGGCCUCCUAAACCCCGACUCUGUGUUCAUUGGCUGCCAGCAGAGCACAGGGUCUGGGAUUUGUCUUGAAAGCUGGAUGAUGUUUAAGGCCAAUAUCAAUCCAAUGCUGGUUACACUCUCCGGAGACCGCUUUUGUGUUCAGAAAGAAGACGAUUUAGAAAACCAGUCUGAUGUUCAGACUUCCCCUGCUUUCUUUCAGUCCGGUUACAAUUAUCCACUUUUACUGAGAGAGCCUACAGCCUUCAACAGUCAGAAAACCAAUUUUUACAAGGUUGAUGACAUCAUUCUGACAUAUUUCGACAGCACGUCCAUAGUGAGCACUUUUAGACAGCCAUCCCCAGGCCCAGCUUCUUCUGCUUGUAUCAACCGCAAUCCAGCAAGGUUCUUGCGUUCAAGUUCUUUGUCCUGCUCUCGCACGGUGACAGCACGUUCCUGCGUGGAGGACGGCGCUUUAAGUGCUCACACUUACUACACAGGAUUUAGCCUACUGAGGGUUCCCGUGGCCCAAGUGGAGGACAGGCCAGAGCUCUUAAUUUCAGUUUUCACUGUCCGUGACUGGCCAGAGCCUCGUGUACACAAUAGCUCGUGUUUAAAUGUGGUGUCAGAGGUGGAAUAUGGGAUUGAGUACACUGGCAAAGGAGAGAUUGUCAAGAUUACAUUGGAUGCAAAAACAAUUAACACAAGUAUAAACACACAGUUAGAGCAAAAUCAUGCCAUUACAUUUAAGUUGGUCACGUCCACUCCCCUCAUGGCUACACCCACACCUCUGUCAGGUUCAGAGGGACUGAAACCUGGUUCUCCCGUGAUUGGUUGGUUUGGUGAAAAGGCGAAACCUUUGACAGUGUUGGGGUCAUCUGAGAAUGGAGGGUGUACAGCAAGGCUUCUUAAUCGACCCCCUGUUCUUUUCACACAAAACAUCAUCACUGGAUGCACCUUCAGGUCUUUUGCCAGUGAGUGUGGUGUGUUGCGGGCUGAACUGAUAGAGGUUUUAACAGCAAACGCAGUGCCAGAGCUGAUCAGUAUGACCACAGGCGAUGAGACCGAGAAGAGUAAAGUCAUCUUCGAGGAUUGCCCGACAACAGCUUCAGAGGUGUGUGAUUCUGGCUGUUCACUGCCCGUCGCUCUAUCAACGCGGGUGCUCUGGGCUCAGAGGGGACUCAAGGCCAUGCCACAGAAUCACAUUCUAGGGGCUAAAUUCAUCUUUAGAUGUCAGAGACUAAAGUGUCCUCUUCUUUCUUCUAUAACUGUGACUGCUGAGGUCGUAUUCACAGAUACCACCAUUUACCCAGAAGCCCCGCGAGGGCAACCCAAGCCUGAAUGGAAGUUUCCAUUUUCUUUUUUCUCCAGAGGAGCUGGAGAAUUUGAUCAAGAAUAAAACUUACAAUCAGACAAUGAUGAAAUCAUGUCAGACACUAUUUAAAAGUGUCAUUAUUUCACAAUUCCGCUUUGUGCGGCUCAAAUCUCAGAAAUGACACUUUAACAGCAUAUCAGCAGACUUUGGCUCAUGCUGAGGAAACCUGUUCUUUUCAUCAAAGUUUUAUCCGAAACAGCUGACAUCUUUUCCGGUCCCAUGAUUCCUUUUUUUUUCUCUUUGCACAUAGUUUAGUAGAUGAACAAUGGCUGCUGGGGUGAUGCCUGGAAGACGGGAAGCCGCUCCCAGCUAAAAAAAUAACCAAAGCAUAGCAAUUCACAUAAUAAUUCACUACUGGGUCUAAAGAACAUUUUUUUUUAUGUGAUAUGUACUUAAGGUAACACUGCCAUGUUAAUGUUUAUGCAAACAUUAUUUGGUUAUUGCCAUGGACCUGGUGGUAGUUUACGCGCCUCUUUUCUCUUUUAUGUUCAAAGAGAACGGCAACUCCACACAAACUAACAGGAUGGCAUAAGGUUUACCUCUAAUUUUCAGAGAGCAAUAAUAUAAAAAAUAAGACUCUUAUUGAUAGGCGUGUAUCUGUCUUAAAGGUUUAGAGGAAAGGUAGGCAAAGAUCUUAAUGUAUAUAUACCACAGUAAAUAAGUGACACAAGUUACAAUUAUUUUAGCCUCCAAUGUAGUGUUAAGAGCGACAAGCCUAAAUAAAACAGCUGGACUAGAAAACAAGAAUAGAGAAAUGAUUAACAACAAUAUCCAAAAUUAUACGACUACCCAUUGGAUUGCUGGAGGGCCAAGUUACAAGCGUUGAUGCAUUAUUUUGAAUGUUUCUGGUGUCUUGAGUGUUUGUUAAACAAUUGCCAGUUUUGAAGAAAAAGUUGCAAAAAAAAACGGCCAAACAAACUGUUGAAUGGUUUAACUAUUAAUCCUAAAACUACUCUAGGUGGCAGACCAUUUUUAAGUAAAUUUAAAUAUGAUCGCUCAUGUAACUGAGAAAAGAUUUUAGUAGUAAUGACUUGCAAAAUGUGUUGUCGUUAUUUGUAAUUUUUUGUUUUUGUAUUAUUGUAACGGUAUAUUUUUUCACAAAAACCUGGGUAAAGCAAAAAAAAUAAACUGAAUUGUAAUCACUCUA